UGAAGGCAGAUGACCUUGUCAGAAAACUGACCUCCUGGUAUGUCCCCCUCUUAGUAGAGAAGAUCUAAGGGAAGAGGACUGCAGCAUAAAGGGACAGAAAAGCAAUCCACCAUCUGCUUGCAGCAAAUGAAUUUAGAUCCUUCAGAUGAUGAAGCUAUUGAAAAAGCAAGUGAAAACAGGACAGCAACAUGUCAAGAUUCAGAUUCCAAACCUGCUGUGAAAAAGAAAAGAAAGCAGCCUACAGAGUGUUUUUUAAGUCAGCCCGAAGAAAAGCAAGAGAGUGCUGUGAAGGCAAAGAGGAGGAAGAAGAAGAAGAUUUCUGAUGUUCUGCAAAAAUCUGCUCCAAAACCUGGUGUCCCUGCAGAUCUACAAAAUCUGCUUAGUCAACAUUUUGGUGAAAACCGUUCUGUGAUUGAAAUAGAGGAGUUAAAGCUGUCAGAUUCCUGCUUUUUGCCAGCCAAUGAUCUUACCCACAGUUUUUCUUCAUACCUGAAGGAAAUCUGUCCUAAGUGGGCGAAGCUCCGGAGAAGCCACAAGGAGAAGAAGUCAGUGGUGAUGCUGGUUCUCUGCAGCUCUGCCCUUCGCUCCUUGGAGCUCAUCAAGUCGAUGACAGCCUUUAAAGGAGAUUGCAGAGUCAUCAAGUUGUUUGCAAAGCACAUAAAGAUAAAGGAACAAAUGAAUAUGUUGGAGAAAGGCAUGUUCCACAUUGGGGUUGGAACUCCUGGGAGAGUAAAGGCACUAGUGGAGCAAGAUGCCCUGUGCUUAAACUCCAUGAAAUAUAUGAUUCUGGAUUGGAACUGGAGAGAUCAAAAACUAAGGAGAAUGAUGGACAUCCCUGAGAUAAAGAAAGAAACAUUUGACCUACUGGAGAAGAGUAUUAUAAAGCUGUGCAGAGAUGGAUCUGUGAAGCUGGGACUCUUUUAAUGAGUUUACCAACAAGGAAGUAAUUUGCAGCUGCAUUUUACUAUUAUCCUGCCUGUAAUUGAAUUUUGACUUUUCAGAGGUCUCAAUACCGAAGGCACAUUGCAACUUUUUCUGAGUUUUCUUUUAAUAAAAACCCAGAAGUUUUGUUUGUA